AUGACGUCUCAUAAGGGUCUUGACGUUGAUGCUAUUCAGGCUGCUCCGCCUAUGGUGCAGAACCAUGAUACCAAUGAUGACAAGCCUGUUCUCAAUACGGGAGGUCAUGGGCCUACGCAGCGAAGGCUGAAGGACUAUCACAUCACUUGGAUUGGCCUUUGCAGUGGUAUUGGUACGGGUUUGUUUAUUGGAACUGGUUCUGCUUAUGCCAGUGCUGGUCCUGCCGGUCUGCUUCUGGCGUAUAUCGUCGUUGGCGCUGUUCUUUGGUGUGUCAUGCAGAGUAUCUCUGAGCUCGCGACACUGUUUCCUACUGCUGGUUCAUUCCCUCAUUGGGCUACUCGCUUCAUUGACCCUUCGGUCGGCUUUUCAUUGGCCAUCUCAUACGGUUACUGCUACACCAUUGCCAUUGCCUCGGAAUGCUCAGCCGCCGCCGUUCUCGUCAGCUACUGGACCGAUCUCACUCCCGCCGUCGUCAUCACCAUCAGUCUGGUUCUCAUCCUAUGGAUCAACUUGAUGAGCGUACGAUUCUUCGGUGAGACUGAGGUCGUCACUGGUGCUAUCAAGGUCCUCUGCUUCCUCGGUCUUGUCAUUGUCGCGAUUGUCAUCACUGCUGGCGGUGGUCCCAAUCACAAGUCCAUUGGCUUCAAGUACUGGAACAACCCUGGUGCUUGGGUCGACUACAAUGGUAUUACUGGCUCAACUGGACAUUUCCUCGGCUUUCUCUCUGCCUUCGUCAAUGCUUCUUUCUCUUUCGUUGGAGUCGAGACCGUUGUCAUCACCGCCGCCGAGUCCGUCAACCCUCAUAAGGCUAUCCCCAAGGCCGCCAACCGCGUCACCUACCGAAUCGGCUUCUUCUACAUUCUCGGCGCGCUCUUGAUUGGCCUAAUAGUCGAUCCGAGAAACGCUGACCUUGUUUCUGGCUCUGGUAACGCCAAGAGCUCCCCGUGGGUCAUCGCCAUCCAGACCGCUGGUAUCAAGGUCCUCCCUUCCAUCGUCAACGCCUGUAUCCUGGUCUCUGCCUGGUCCGCUGGUAACUCUUACUGCUGGGUUGGCUCACGUAUGAUCCUUGCCAUGACUACCGAUCGACAACUCCCUCAAUUCUUCGCCCGCACCACCAAGAACGGUCUUGGUUCUGGUGGCGCUGCUCAGGCUUUCUCUUGGCUUCUCAACCUCAGCACAGUCGCGGGCCUCAUCGCAUGGGGAACUCUCUGCUUCUGUUACAUCCGCUUCUAUCGCGCCAUGAAGGUUCAAGGUGUCGACCGCAACACCCUCCCCUGGAAGGCCCCUUGGCAACCCUACACUGCGUGGUUCGGUGGUAUUGGCUCCAUCGUCAUCACCCUUGUCGCUGGAUUCCCUGUCUUCCUCAAGGGUAACUGGAAGACUGCCGAUUUCGUUGCCUCUUAUGUUGGUAUUCCCAUCUUUAUCGUUCCCAUCAUCGCAUGGAAGCUUUAUUACCGCACCAAGGUUCUGCGAGCCCACGAAAUCGACUUGUGGUCUGGUCGUUUAUCCGACGAUGCCAUCUCAGCCCAUGACACCGAGCGGGAGCAUGUUUAA